AUGCUUGAAGUUGAAACCUCGGCUAGUGAGCCGUUGAUACUUCAUCCUGAUAUCAACAACAAUAACAACAGCAAUAACAAUAAUAGUAAUGAUAAUAAUAACAACAACAACGACAAUAACAGCAAUUUCGACAGCGACAGCAAUAGCAGCAUAGAUUCUCAGAAACCUGAAUAUUUUGUUGCUAUUGUUUUUGCGCUAGCGGUUUUAUUCAGUUCAUUGUAUUUACGAGGAUUAUCCUUCACAAGGAUACCUCAGUCACGAAAUCGUCUAAUAGCUGCCGCUGUUACAGAUGCAAAGUUGCAAGAUGGAGAAGUAUGGCACAUCAAUCGACACCAGACAAGGCGACGACGUUCCACAUGGAACGAUGCCAAAUGGCACGGAGUACGUGGAUUGGCACGAGAUUGUGGCUUCACGUGUUACUUCCGAUUACGUCAGGAUACCGGUGAUCGAAUGUCCAAAAGUGAAUUACACAUACAUCUCACGCGCUGGAAGCAGCUACCCCAACCCAAUAACAAAUCACUGCCGAUGUUGGAGAACAAUCGGAUUCGACCGAUUGUACAAUUUAUGGAUUCGUUGGAUGCGACGCAUGCACGAAUGUCCAGAUUCGUACCGGAUUGCCUCUACAGUGCUCAUGUCAAAGGUGCUACUGAGUCAUCGAUUGUCAAUUUGUGUGACAUCAGCGGUGGACUGUUCGGUACUCUGGCACUGCCGGACGGAACGUAUCUCAUAGAACCGGUAAAGGACGAUCAAAUGCCAAGCAAAUCGUCAUCGUCCAGGGCCCAUAUCGUGUACAAAUCUCGAUCUCAUUCAUUCCACAAAUAUGGUUUUCACAGUUCUUCUGCAGCCAUUAUUACUACUACUCCUUCGCUUAAUACUGCUUCUGCCACUACUUCUACUAAUUCACAUUCAACAAGUAAUCAUAGAAGUAAUAACAAUAACUCAACCAAUGAUGUUCAAACGCAUAACUACACUGCCUAUCGCAUUAGCAACGACAAUGCCAAUUACGAUAAUAACACUGCCCAAUAUACGACUAUAUUCGAUCCAAAUAUCAAUAUCACCGAUAGCUCGUUUGCUCGAUCUCGUCGUUCAGCCAACUCUUGGGACCAUUAUGUUGAGGUGCUUGUUGUUGCGGACAACAAAAUGCUGCUCUAUCAUCAAAAUAAUCUUGAAAAUUAUGUGCUCACACUUUUCUCUACGGUAGCUUCUAUUUAUCGCCAUCCAAGUUUACACGCUGCAAUAAACAUUAUCGUGACACGUUUAAUCGUUUUGAAACAUGAAACGGCUGGACCACAUAUUAGUGACAAUGCACAAGAUACGUUGCAACAAUUUUGUCGCUGGCAAGAAACAUACAAUGACAAGAACGAUGAUGCUCCAAAUCAUCAUGAUGUGGCCAUCCUGCUCACACGACAUGAUAUAUGCAGGGCACCAGGAAAAUGUGACACACUAGGUCUUGCCGAGCUGGGUACCAUGUGUGACUCAUUACGAAGCUGUGCAAUCAUCGAGGAUAAUGGCUUAUCAGCUGCAUUUACGAUCACUCACGAACUAGGCCACAUUUUCAAUAUUCCGCAUGAUGACGAACGGAAGUGCGGUCGCUACAUGGCACUAAAUAAACAUAAUUAUCAUAUUAUGGCACCAACACUUGAAUAUAAUACACAUCCUUGGUCAUGGAGUCCGUGUAGCGCUGCUAUGUUGGCAAAAUUUCUUGACGCGAAUCGAGCUCAGACUCAGUGUAUUUUGGAUCAACCGAUUGAACGUCGCUAUUACGAUCGAAUGUUUGAAGAUCCGGCGCCUGGAGCAAUGUUUUCUGCUAAUCAACAAUGCCAGUUUGUAUUUGGACCAUCAGCUGAAUUAUGUCCUUACAUGCCAGCAUGUCGCAGGUUAUGGUGCGCUACGUAUUAUGGAUACCAGAUGGGUUGUCGAACACAACAUAUGCCUUGGGCUGAUGGUACACCAUGUGGUGAUAAUCAAUGGUGUCAUCGUGGUGAAUGUGUGGGUAUGGCUCCUCAACAACGAGCCAAAUUAGAUGGUUCAUGGGGUGAAUGGAAAAAUUGGGGUGACUGCUCAAGAACUUGUGGAGGAGGUAUACAGAAGGCUUUGCGUGAUUGUGAUAAUCCAAGGCCUAUCAAUGGUGGAAAAUAUUGCGUAGGACAAAGGGAGCGUUAUCGACCAUGUAAUAUCCAGGAUUGCCCAUGGGAUACACCCGGUUUCCGAGAAGUACAGUGUUCAGAAUUUGACAAUAAGGAUGUUGGAAUUCAUGGGGUUCCUCCCAAAUCACGUUGGUUACCAAAAUACACCGGAGUAAGCGACAAUGAAAGAUGUAAACUAUAUUGCCGUAUAAGCGGCUCCGCUGCAUUUUACUUGCUUAAGGAUAAAGUUCUGGAUGGUACUCCAUGUUAUCGGCAUGGGGACGAUAUGUGCAUCGAUGGCACUUGCCAUAAGGCUGGUUGCGAUCAUCGUUUGGGCUCAGAAAUGCGACGUGAUAAAUGUGGAAUCUGUGGCGGUGAUGGAAGUACAUGUCGGGUUGUAUCAGGUAGCUAUAAUGAACGUGGAUCAUUUGGCUAUAACGAAGUUUUGAAAAUACCUGCAGGUUCGGCAAAUAUCCAAAUAACACAGCAUGGAUAUGGCAACCAGAAAGAAGACGAUAACUAUCUUGCUUUACGAAAUGCUAAUGGAGAAUUUCUGCUCAAUGGUCAUUACCAAGUAUCAGUUUUCCGGCAACAAAUUUCCAUACAGGACACGGUACUAGAAUAUUCUGGUAGUGAUCAUGUGAUUGAGCGAAUAAAUGGCACUGGACCUAUACGGACUGAUAUUUAUCUUCAUGUGUUAUCAGUUGGAAAUUUAUACCCUCCAGAUAUACACUAUGAAUUUAUGGUACCAGCACAAAAUGUACGAUUUGGAUAUGAAACAUCAGUGACAAAUUACUACUGGCGUAUCAGUGAACGUUGGUCAGAAUGCUCCUCAUUGUGCCAAGGUCAGCAAAAACAGGAGCUUAUUUGCGUUGAUGCAAUAUCAAGUCGUAGCGUAACUGAUAAUUUGUGUAUAUCCCAUCGUCCACCAACUGAAACACGAAUGUGCAAUAUUGACUGUACCAUUAAAUGGCGUGUAGUGCCGGUUGGACAAUGCAAUGCAACUUGUGGACGUGGUGAGAAACAUCAAAAAAGCGAGUGCAUUCGAAGUUACGUAGACGGACGUGAAACUAUUAUUUCUGAUUCACAAUGUCAUCAAUUAAAGAAACCAAGUGACCGUGCACCAUGUUAUGUAGAUUGCGCAGGACGGAAAUGGACAUAUACGGAGUGGACACCGUGUUCGGAAUCAUGUGGCAUAUCUGGUAUCACUCGCCGACAAGCUUUCUGUAGUGACCAGACGAAUCGACGUUUGGAUGAUCGUGCUUGUGAGCAAGCAAUGAAGGAUAAAACAGAAAAAGAGUGCAAUCGAAUACCAUGUCCCAAAUGGGUCUAUGGCGAAUGGUCUGAAUGUUCUCGAUCAUGUGAUGGAGGUGUCAAAGUGCGCCAUGCAUCAUGCCAGGAUGCGGCAGGUCGUGAAGUACACCUAACAAUGUGCAACAGCAAGGAAAAGCAUGAUUGGGAAAAGUGCAAUCAGCAAAUCUGCACGCAGUGGAGAUUUGGCACAUGGGGCAGUUGUUCGGUGAGCUGCGGUGAUGGUAUCGAAACACGUGAUGCGGUUUGCACCGAUCUUAAUAGUCGACAUCUUGAUGAGAAUCUAUGUGAUCGUCGUGAACGAAUUGUACAAAAGCCAUGUCAUCGUAUGGCAUGUCCCAGUUGGCGUCUUGGGACAUGGAGUGCAUGUUCGGUAUCAUGUCUUGAUGGUUGGAAAACUCGGCAUGUAUCUUGUGUUGAUGCUAAUGAUAAUGAGGUAUCUGAUGAGCAAUGCUUGAGACAAGGUGAAGCUCGACCCCAAAGUCAUCAACCGUGUAAUCAAGGGCCAUGUCCAUUUUGGCGAGCAUCUGAUUGGACUAAGUGUUCUGUAUCAUGUGGUGUAGGUGUAAGGGCGAGGAAUGUCGAAUGUAUAUAUCGAGAUCAAGUUGUUGACGGUUCAUUGUGUAGUGACACUCAAGUGUCAAAAGUUGAACAGUGUAGCUUACUACCAUGCGCCAAGUGGAAAGUACUUCCAUGGUCACACUGCUCCGUAACUUGUGGUACUGGUCAACAAACCCGCACAAUACAUUGUUUACGAGGAAAAUCUAUCGUUCAUGAAAGUGAAUGCGAUAUGGCAAUACGUCCAAAAACAGAAAAAGUCUGUGAACGUGACAACUGUGAAGCGUUCACACAAAAUGUAGUCGAGAGUACAGUAAGUGAUCAGCCAAAAAUUCGAUGGGCCAUUGGGCCCUGGUCUGAUUGCUCGAGAACGUGCGGAAAUGGAACGCAACGUCGGCUUAUAGUAUGUCGUGAUCAUAUUCGUGACCUUACCGACACAUACUGUCAACAUCUGGAACCCAUUGAAACCUAUCGAUAUUGCCAGAUUAAGCCAUGUGCUCAGUGGACUGUUGGACCGUGGAAAUCGUGCUCAGUUACUUGUGGCAUGCAUGCAACAACAGACCGUCGCGUAAGCUGUGAGUCGAUGGAAGGUAAUGAGCAAGUGCGGGAAACAGAUUGUGAUUUAACAAAUCGUCCACAGUCAAUCAGAUCGUGUAAUUUGAAUCCAUGCCCGAUGGGAGAACCACCUCUUGGAUUCUGGAUUACCAAAGAGUGGGAAAAGUGUUCCGUCUCAUGUGGAGGUGGUUGGCGUAGACGUCUGAUUACCUGUAGUACAAGAUUUUGUAAUGAAGGAGAAAAACCGGAACAGUUUGAGCGUUGUAAUCAACAAGGAUGUGUAAAAGUGUCUAAAGUCUGGCAGAUGUCACCUUGGUCUCAUUGUCCAGUUACAUGUGGUGGUAGUGUACAGAAACGUACAGUUUGGUGUGAAGAUGAGAAAAUACGUGAAAGGGUACAAGAUACAGAAUGCUUGCUUCCUGAAAAACCAUCCACUGUUCGGGAGUGUAAUAAGAUAGAAUGCCAAAUGAUACCAAUGAAAAAUGAGUACUAUCAUUGGUAUGCAGGCAAAUGGAAUCCGUGUUCGACAACUUGCGGACGUGGUGUUCGUAAACGUAUUGUGUCAUGUGUCAAUUCACAUAGUCAUUCAGUAGCAUCUAAAUAUUGUGAUCCGGCAAAACGACCAAUUGAUUCACAUCGGUGUAGAAUGACGCAUUGUCCACGGUGGAAGACCGGAAAGUGGUCAAUGUGUUCGGUAACGUGUGGUAGAGGAAUACGAACACGUGAAGUGACGUGUCAGAAAGGUCGACGAACCCAUCUUUCAGAUAUGGAAUGUGGAAAGCUGCCUAAGCCAUUAGAAAAUUCAAUGUGCAUGACCAUAUCCUGUCCAGCUUAUCAUUGGACAGCCACUCCGUGGUCUAAGUGCAACGAUCCGUGCAAAAAGUCUGAUCAACAUCGUCGUGUCUAUUGUGUUAGCAAUUUGGGCAAACGUGCAGCGCCGAAAAUGUGCAGUAAUGAAACUGCACCAGAAAUGACACGUUCUUGUCCUGUUACCGAUUGUCUGUAUCACUGGGUACCCGGACCUUGGAGUACGUGUUCGAAAACAUGUGGCACAGGAUUUCAGUUUCGCCGUAUUGAAUGCCGUGUACGUAGUCAAAAUCAUAGCUUGAGCGCAGAACCGAACGUGCAAUCGAGAAUGUGCAAUGGAUUAACUCGACUAUCGGUUAGUAAGGAAUGUGCAAUGAAUCCUUGCGAUGCUAAAUAUCGAUGGUCUGUUGGACCUUGGUCACAGUGCUCGACAAGUUGUGGUCCAGGCUAUCGAAGACGUCGUGUGCGGUGUUUGGAUAGAGACGGCAGACGGGUAUCACGAGAUCUUUGUGAUCAGAGUCCAGAUAGACCGAAAAGACGGGAAAGCUGUUUCCUGAGGAAUUGCUUACCAGGUGAUUGUGCAGAAUUGAAAGCAUACUAUAUGCAAGAGAAUAGCGUUGAUGGCAAUUAUACCGUUUUGGUAGCCGGUUUUCGCAUUACCGUUUAUUGCCACCUAAUGAAUGAAACACUACCAAAGACAUACAUCAAUCUCAAUAGCGAGACUAAUUUUGCAGAAAUUUACGGAAAAAGAUUAUUGUAUCCAUUUACAUGUCCCCAUAAUGGACAACGUAAUGACACAUGCAUGUGCACGGAUGAUGGAAGUGCAAGCGCUGGCUUUUCUAGUUUUUCGAAAGUUCGUGUCGAUCUUCACAAUAUGAAAAUAAACAUCCAUGAUCACACAUUCGCAACGACAUCGCACGGUGAAGAAGUAGCAUUUGCAACAGCUGGUGAUUGCUACAGUGCUGUUGAUUGUCCACAGGGUCAAUUUGGUAUCGAUUUACGAGGAACAGGUCUCCGAGUGAUGGAUGACCUUCGAUGGGUUGAUCAGGGACACCGUACAAGUUCGAGAAUUGAGCGUUCUGAUAAUAAUGCGCGAAUUUUUGGACGUUGCGGUGGUUACUGCGGUCAAUGUAGUCCGGAUAAGUUUAAAGGUUUGGUAAUAGAAAUUGACCAUAAGCAGAAUCCGAGUAUCGGUGUGGGAUGA